GAGAGAGAGAUCAUCUCAUUCUCAGAGCCACCAAUAUCUACAAAUGCGUGCGUUGCGAGCGUCCUCUUUUCAAAGAAAGUGUAUCGACUAGCGCUUGUUCUCUUUUCGACUUCCCGGCGCGUGCAGAAGGCAACCCGUGUUCACUUUCACUAUUUCGCCUGACUGUCACUUAAACAACAGUGGAGAGUGUGUGUUGCGCUGCCAUAGCCGGCGCCAGACGGAGGCAAAGCGAGGUUGUGCGCACGGGGCUGACAGUUUACCGCGUUCUCAAUGCGCAGUCAAGAUCGCUAAGGACAAAGUGAGGAUUAGGAGUUCGUAUAGACACACUUCAUCCCGCAUCCAAACAGCCCACUCAUGGAUACGCAGAGCUAUGGGAAUCGGGAAUGAACGUAUAAGACGUCUGAAGCUGAGUCAGUCACUGGAGAUAAAGCAUCACUGGUCAUCCAUGAGGGCUGAGAUCAGAACAGAAGGUCAUCAUCGCUAUCUUCACGAUGUGGACGCUUUCUGACCGAGCAUCCUGCUGAUCCUCUGCCUGUGUCCUCCUUCACCCUCACCUGUCUCUCAGCCUCCGCAGGCCCCACACACACACCAGCCCCCACCUCCCUCCCUCCCCAUCCCCCCCCCCCACCCCGCCCCCCCUCGUCCUGCAGCCAGGCCCUGGCAGUAAUCACUUGGAGAUUGAUGGCCCCCUUUGCCCAGUGCUGGGGCCUCUGGCUCUGCUGAGAUAAGAGGCCGAGAACCGCACAGCGUUUCAUCUUCUUUCAACAAGGUGGAUGAGACAGCCGAGGGGUGGCCUCUGGACGUGUGUCUCUGUGUGGUGACAGCAGCGUGUGUUUCUCAACAAUGACCACAUCCUGGCAACACUUUUCCUGAGGCAGACUCGUUGUUUCAACUGUGGCGUUAUUUUAAGAGUUUGUAAUGUGUUUAAGUUGUAGACGGAACGGCAGCUUGGAGCUAAAGGUGUUCUACCACCAGAGCCGCUGCUGCUCACAAACUGUCCCUUGAGUCGGGAUGCCAAAAUACGAAUUUUGAAAUUCCCCAAACGAUGUUGAGUUGAGUUGAGUUUCGACGGUUAAAGAUCAGCGAGGGUGGUCAGAAAGGUAAAGCAGGUAACUCUCCGAUGGCGAGUAACAACACGGCCAUAUGCAACAUCACCUGCCAGGUGGACACCAAAAUCGACCAGUUCUUCCACCCGACUCUCUACAUCAUCGUCAUCGUUCUGGGCCUGCCCACCAACUGCAUGGCAUUGUGGGCUGCGUACCUGCAGGUGCGUCAGAAGAACGAGCUGGGCGUCUACCUCAUCAACCUAUCGGUGGCCGACCUGCUGUACAUCGCCACACUGCCGCUCUGGAUCGACUACUUCCUGCAUCACGACAACUGGGUCCACGGCCAGGAGUCCUGCAAGCUCUUCGGCUUCAUCUUCUACACCAACAUCUACGUGAGCAUCGCGUUCCUCUGCUGCAUCUCCGUCGACCGCUACCUGGCUGUGGCGCACCCGCUCCGCUUCGCCAAGGUGCGCCGCGUCAAGACGGCGGUGGCGGUCAGCGCCGUGGUGUGGGUCAUCGAGGUGGUGGCCAACUCGGCGCCGCUCUUCCACAACGAGCUCUUCCCCAACGAGCGCAACCACACGCUCUGCUUCGAGCGCUACCCCAUGCAGGAGUGGGUGGCGGGCAUGAACCUGUACCGCUCCUUCCUGGGCUUCCUGGCGCCGUGGCUGGUCAUGCUGGCGGGCUACCGGGGCAUCCUGCGCGCCGUGCGCACCAACGUGUCCACCGAGCGCGAGGAGAAGGCAAAGAUCAAGCGGCUGGCGCUGAGCCUGGUGCUGAUCGCGCUGCUGUGCUUCGCGCCGUACCACGUGCUGCUGCUGUGGCGGAGCGUGCUCUUCCUGCGCGCCCCUUGCAGCUGCGGUGGCGAGGAGAUGCUCUUCCCGUCCUACCACGCCGCGCUGGCCCUGACCAGCCUCAACUGCGUGGCCGACCCCAUCCUCUACUGCUUCGUCAACGAGGGUGCGCGCCACGACGUCGGCCGGGCGCUCACGCGACUCCUUGCCGCACUCAGCUGCGGAUCGCCCGUGCCCUCGAUGCACAUCGACGGACUCACCGGGGCCUCCGUCACCGUGGAGACACCCCUGGCCUCCAAAAAGACGGGCUUCUGCGGCGAGGUGAGGACGAGCUCCUACAAGGCCGAGCUUGAGGCCUUCAAAGACGAAUGCCUUCAGAUGACCAUCCUCAGUGUUAAGAAGUAAACAGGGGUCAGCGACAACGGAUGAUACACUCCGCGAUGGACACUUGCUGCUCUGUGAUAUCGGGCACAUCAAGUUGACUUGUUUGUUUGGAGCAGGACAGACUAUCUUCCAUGUUUUUAAUACUGUGGAAGUCUUUUUUAGCCACAUGGCAGGACAUGAUCGAUUCUGUAUCUGUUAUGUCUGAUUACUGUAUUGUAUGCGCUGUAGGCAGUGUAACCGAAGGAUAGGAUUGCAAUUCUGUUUCUCUUGAAAGUUAAUUUAUUGUUAGUGUCUUCUGUAUGCGCAGCAGCCUUUGUUGGUUGAGUUCCACAUCAAUCAGUGCAUAGCAGUUGGAGAGGACCCUUUCUCUCUCAGCUUCACUGCGUCUCUGGCCUGUUAAUUUAUAAUAUAGACUCCAAAUUGUUUGUCGUAUGAAAGUUACCCAAAGUGAAAAGGUUAUUGAAUGUCACUGUCUAUUUUGUUUGUUCAUUUUUUUUUUUUUGCACAUGUUUACAUUUCUCUGUCAGAACUCUCUGAAUGCCUUGCGUAUAAACCCAGUAAGUUGAAUGUCACUGUCGCCUCACCACAGGGUUGUAAUUUCAUGUAGCAUCGUUAUAACAAGUAAAGAAAAUAAAGGAUGUCAAAGUA